CUCUUUUCAUAAGAAAAUUAUAAUAAACAAUGUAUAAAUAAUUUUUUGUGUACUUGUCUUUUUUAAUCAAGAAGAAAGGUAAAUAAUUAUCGUUUAGCUCAAAGCAAUGCUUAGAGAUAUUCGUCAUGAAUGAACUGCAAAAGUAUUAUCGUAAGUUGGUUGCCUUUGACUAACAGAGCGUUCCGCGUUGCCAUCUUAUCUACGAUUCGAGGGCUCUAGGAAGUGUUAUGUUAUUGUAUUACUCAGAUAACAAAGUCAAAGCAAUUGUCAUGCGUUUGAUACAUUACGUUUGCACAACAUUCUAUUACUGUUUUACUGAAAAGUUUUUUUAAAUUGUAAUUGCAAUCGUGGAUUUACUUUUGGCUCUGAUAGGGAACUCUUUUUAUAUCAAUUAUGUCUAAAAAACUAUUGAUUUUGCUGUUCCCAUGAAUCAUCUGCAAAAAUUCACAAUAUACUGUUUAAAAAUUUAGGCUUUCAGACACGGCGCCACACACUGACUGUUGUGCAAAUUAGUUUUCAGAGAUAUAUACAUAGAUAUUUUGCAAGUACUUUCCAGUUAUACAUAACUAGCGAUAAGAAUCGUCAGCUGAUAAGCUGAGUGUUACUCGAACUGGUAUUUGGCUUCAACGAUUUGCGGAAAUAAUGACAAAUUAUCAGGCCUAUUGGCGCGACUCUGGCCCUGGAUGCGACUGUUGACGUUCUACCAACGUGCCCGCCAACUGUUUUGGUCAGCUUUAGGAGCGUUUGUUCAGCUGCGCCGACAUCGAGUCCAUCCAGCCGGCGUCAUGCGUGACUCCAACCAAGAAUCUUGCUGCUGCCAGUCACUGGCAGAUGAAUUUCAGUGCGCCAAGCUUUCACUGUACCACGAUCAGCCCGCCGACUUUUGUCGCUCACAAUGGCAACGCAGCGAUCGCUCUUUCAUUUGGCUGAUCUAUCGUUGGCUCUUGGCCGCCUUCUUUGCGGCCGGUGUUAUUUGCAGUCUGAUCGAACGUUUUAAUGAGGGCACAUGGUUCAUCUAUCUGACCGAUUGGGGUUUCUCCUUAUGCUUCUAUGCCUGUACCUAUGGCGCCAUUGUGGCCACCAUAUACUUCAUUAAGCCCAGCUAUUUUGAGGCUGGAAGCUGGGCUCUUAGGAUAUACUGGUGCUCGCAUUUUAUGACCACAGUUUUGGCCCUGAAAAUAACAUUGGUUUUCUGGACAGUGCUCUAUCCCAGUAAGUUUCAAGGUCCCAGUGGUCUAUACAAUUUUUGGGAGCAUGCGUUAAAUUCCAUUUGCAUGCUCUUCGACUGCUUUGUUUUGGCUUUUCCCACGCGACUGAUGCACUCUGUCUAUCCGCUGGCAGCGGGCCUCGUCUAUGGCCUGUUCUCCCUGGUUUACUUCUGGGCAGGAGGAACGGAUUACUUUGGUAAUCGUUUUAUCUAUUUCAUUCUGGACUGGGAGAAGCCGGGCUUGGCCAUUGGCAGCGUUUGUGGCUGUCUUGUUUUAGGCAUCAUAUUAUGCGUCGUGGUCUUUUGGAUCUAUAGACUAAGACUGUGGAUAUGUGAGCGUUGCUGCAAAACGGCACCGAUCGAAAUACGGGAAGCAGGCACAGCUCGCGCUCAAGUUGCUUAAAUAAUUAAAAAUGCUAUUUAUGCUAGUCACAUGUAAUUAUAUCUACGAUAUUGCGAAACUGAACAUUACUUUAUUUAUCCCUUGGUAAAGUAUUUUUCUCUUAGCUAACAGCGAAAUUGACUUAUAAUUAUAUAUUUUAUGCGCUUUAGUAUUUGAAUAUGAGUAAGUUCAACGAUGCAGGCUUAUCAUUUUGACUUUUGAUUUUGAAUUGUUAAAAUAUAGUAUAAACGUUUUUUCCAUUUUUGAAUGAAAAUAUCUGCCUUCGACUGGUUCAUAUUUAGUUUCUUAUUAUUGCUUCUCAAAGUUUGCAUACAUCUACAUUGUAUAUAUAUAUUUCAAGGAACUAUUUAUGAACACCAUAUAACACGAAGCUCUAUUUCUGAUAAACUACUAUACAUAAACUUUAUCAGAAUAUAUUCGAUAAAUUAAUGGAAAAAUACUUGUCAAUUGAAGCAAUUCAAAAUCCGGCACUUUACCGAGGUCCCAUAUUAACUGUUUUACGAAAGAAUUGUGAAUAUUUGUUAUUUU